ACAAUUAUUUUCCUUUUAUAGUCCCUUUUAAUUUUUUUAUUUUUACUACAAAUAGGAGAAAAUAAUUUUAAUUAAAAUCAUAACUUAUUACGCAUUAUAGAUGCUUCAAGAAGAAAUUGUAUUUGUCAACGCACGCAGAACCGGUUCACCGCGUCUGACUGUCGCUCUCGUCCGCAAUUAAAUGAGAUAUGCGUCUCGCUCGCGGCAAUAUAGCAUAACGUAGAGAAAUUUAUCAUUUUUUCUUCUCGUGAAUAUAUAAAUUCAAGAGCCACUUUUACACAUGGAAUUAAGUAGAGAAAUAGACAACGCUAUUUGUUUCAUGAAAUAAAUGUGCGUGCAAAGCGAACCUUUUUCCACUGAUAAGCAAAUCAAAUCUCUCACGCGUGAAACUAGCAUGACGCGAUCAGAUUUUUUUUUUAUUAUUGAUAUAAGAAGAGCAUUUAAUAUUGUUUUGGACAGAGAAAUUUUCAACACAGAGGUGAGCACGCAUUUCAUAGGAUGCUUUUCAACUAGGACCGUUUAUACGUGCCAUGCUCUGUUGGACCUGAGCAGCUUUUGUUGUUAGACAAAAUAGAGAAAGAUUUUAGAAGGAAAAACAAACAAUUAUACUAAAAUAACCUUGCGAUUAAAAAUAAUAAUAUAAUAAUUGAGAACUGACAAACACAAACUUAAAGGAUUUAUGUGAAUUGUAGUCGCUUGAGAAAAUAAUUCUUUGGCAGCAGGUUUUUUUACGGUCGUUGCGCGGACACAAAAUUAUGUCACUCUCACACCAUUGAUUAUUUUUUUUUUAUUAAUUUAGAGAGCAGGAAAUGAAUUAUGCAGAUCACAUUUAAUUCUAAUCGACCGCACACGAGUAGCUGCGGUCAAUGAACAGUGCAAAAAGGAGCUGCAAAAAACAUUUCCACUGUAUGAUUUACUAUAUAUUUUUAAGAUUUUAACCGCAAAGCACGUGGGACAGCUUCUGGAAGUUUCUCUUAAAGAAAAACGUCCAAAGUGUUAAUCUGUGCAUUUAUUUUAACGCUAUAAAGUAAAAAUAAUGCAAUAGGCUGUAAACGUGUGAGCUUGGCACGGCGUUUGAAGGAGUAGCGGGGGCCAAAUUUUCACGCCGUGGAAUAUGAGCACCACUUUCGGUCUUAUUUAGUUCCACGCCGCUCUUGCUUGUUGAUUGACAAGGAAAAUAUCAACUCCGACGAGCUUUAUAUUAAUCAUAGGGUGCAGUUGUGACCAAUUAUCGGGUUCGAAAAAUCAGUAUGGCUGUCAAUGAAGGCCUUGGGGCUGGAUUGCGUUGGCAGACGGCCUGUUCUGACCUUAUCGCGACUCUUCUAUCCAUCGAACUUCAUCUGCUGGCAAUCAGCAACUCUCUCCGCUGGUUUGUACACUCUAUUUUAAAAAUCCCUGAACAUUUGUUUGAAAAUGCAUGGCAAAAUUUGGUGGAAAAAUUUGCUACUCAAGACGAUCAGAUGACGUUUCUUGUAUCAGGCACACUUUUGGUGUCCGUCGUCGUGUACUGGGUGUGGGGCGGUUUCUACGUCCUGCUCGAUCUGACGGGCUGGCUCUCCAGGUACAAAGUGCAGCCAGGGACGAACCAGCCCUUGGACCAGGGUCGCCUGGUCUCUACAAUCCUGAGAGUGAUUUUCAACCAGACAAUAGUUUCUCUCCCCGCCGCCGUGAUCGCGUUUUACUUGGCCAAGUUCACAGGUCGCCUACUGCCCUUCCGAGACCUCAUACACGUCCCACCCUUUUCUCAGGUCCUCCUUGAGAUGCCAUUGCUCAUUUUGUGCCACGAGUUUGCCUUUUACUACAGUCAUAGAUUGUUGCACCAGGGAUGGUUGUACAAGACGAUCCACAAGCGGCACCACCAGUGGACGGCGCCGAUCGCGGUCGUCGCCGUCGACUGUCACCCCCUGGAACAUGUGCUCGCCAACAUUGGCCCCGUGUUGCUGGGCCCCGCGCUUUUGGGCUCGCACCCCCUGACGGCGUGGUUCUGGUUCGCCUACGUCACCUUCCAGACCCUGAACGGCCACUCAGGCUACCACUGGCCGUGGUUCCAGUCGCCUGAGUUCCACGACUUCCACCACCUCAAGUUCAACUGCAACUUCGGCUCGAUCGGUUUCCUCGACCACUUGCACGGCACAGACUCGCUGUGGAGGAAAAGCGACCAGUUUGGCAGACACGUCGUCCUCAGUGGGCUGCAACCGGCUGUACACAAUUUACCUCAAAAAAUAAAGUGACUAAUUCUGUCGA